GGUUCAUGUCCUAAACCAAGCAUUUCUAUCAUUAUGCGUGUUCCAAAGUACAUAUUCCUGGUGACAGCAAUAGCAUUAACUGUUUGUGGAAACCUGUUUGUCAUAAUCUCCAUAGCACAUUUCAAGCAGCUUCACACACCCACAAAUUAUCUCACCCUCUCUCUGGCAGUAGUUGACUUCCUCCUGGGAGGAUUUAUUAUGCCCCCAAGCAUGAUCCGAUCAGUUGAAAGUUGCUGGUAUUUUGGAGACUUUUUUUGUAAAGUUCAUACCAGUACUGAUGUAAUGCUUUCCACGGCUUCCAUUUUGCAUCUGUCCUUCAUUUCAAUUGACCGCUACUAUGCUGUGUGUUACCCUUUGAGGUACAAAACUACAAUUACUGUAUUUGUCACACUUAACAUGAUUUUCAUUAGCUGGACUGUGUCAGCCAUUGUUGGAUUUGGAAUGAUAUUUCUAGGAUUAAAUAUACAAGGCAUAGAGGAUUUCUAUUACAAGAACUUUGACUGUGUAGGUGGUUGUAUUCUGAUACAAAGUGAAGCAUCAAGUAUGGUUUCCUCUUUCCUCUCCUUUUACAUUCCAGGACUUAUAAUGAUAGGCAUUUAUCUGAAAAUAUUCCUUGUGGCAAGACGACAGGCCCGGUCAAUUAGAGGUACAGAACAACAAAUGCAAAGCACUGAAGAAAAGAAAAAUACAACAGCAAAUAAGAGAGAGAGGAAAGCUGCGAAGACAUUAGGAACAGUGAUGGGGGUCUUUCUCAUAUCUUGGUUACCAUUUUUCUUGUUGAACAUAAUGGAUCCAUUUUUUAAUUACUCAUCUCCACCCCUUUUAGUGGAUGCACUGGUCUGGUUUGGUUAUUUGAACUCAACAUUUAACCCCUUUGUCUAUGCUUUCUUUUAUACCUGGUUCAGAAAAGCGCUCAGAAUUAUUGCGCUUGGCAAAAUCUUUCAAAAUGAUUCUUCAAGAACAAAACUUUUUGAAGAGUAAUAUUAAUUCAUGUUCAUCUUUACAUAGAUAACAGUACUAAAUGUUAAAUAAUUGUGCACAUAAUCAGUUACACCUUGAGAUUUUUUAAAUUGCUGUGAUAUAGAAUUAUAUUAUAGUAAUGUUUCCAAAUAAAGUAUUUGGAAUUUGAAUAUUUUAAUUUAAGAGUAAAAUAAAUAUUAUUUUAAUAAAACAUAUUACUUCUCUGUGGAAUUUAUUCAUGUAAAUGUGUAUAGGUUUAAUCUAGCAUUGCUGUAUGCAGAAAGUGUGUGUAGUUUAGACAGUAUCACACUUACUUGUAUUCUGACGAAUCUGCUCAUUUGAGUUUUAUAAGACUUUUUUAUUGACUGCUGCAUGAUAAGCUAGUGAGUUGUGUAUUGUUUGUUUGAUAUUGAAGCCACUCUGAGUGUGCAUGCCUUUUAUUCUACUAUAUGGAAUAAAAACACUGCAGUUUUACUUUAAAGGUAUCAUCGGCCCUUCUUUUCAAAAGAACCACACAGGGUAAACUUAAUCUAAAGUUUACACAAUUGGUGGCAGAAAGUUUUUAAACAUUUUAUUAUUAUUAUUAUUAUUAUUAUUAUUUAUUAUUAUUAUUAUUAUUAUUAUUAUUAUUAUUAUUAUUAUUUUAAGUGCCUGUUUGCUGCAAAGUUGAAAUUGACCCUUCUCCAUACAGAAAAAUAAACAACGUGCGGACUGAAGUGGCUUAAUUCUUCAAUACCAAACCAAUGCACACUACACUACACAUCAUGUCACAACCAAUCAAAAAGUAAUUAUAAAACUCAAUCAGUACAGUUAAGUGCAAUACUGAACAAACUAAA